AUGGAUUUUCCUAGUUCAAAAGUUAGUGAUCCGAAAUAUAUAGAAAAAAAGCGAGCUGAAUUGAAAGAGUUUUUUAAAAAUGCUUUUCCUCAAGAAGCCUUAGAUAAGAUAAUUGAAAACGAGUUGAAGCCCCUUACAGAAGGAUUUAACAACAAUAGGCCUUAUAUUGCUGCGUCUGCAUCUGGACCAGCGAAGUCUGAGUAUGAUGUAAUGACUGGGCAACCGUUCACUGAAUUUGAUAACCAUGAUAGACCCUUAACUAUAGAGGAAAUAAAAGAAAAAGUAAAAGAUAAUCCUAUCAUAGCAGAGAAAGCAAAGCAAAUCCAGAUUGUUAUAAAUUCCGAAAAUAAAGAUAUUGCAAUACCUAUAGAUCAAAUACAAAUAUCUAAGUAUACUGACAUGAAAGCUGAGUUGGCCUCUGCAGAUGGAGAUAUUGAAAGAGUGAAAGCAAUAAAAUACAAGAAUAACCAAAUAUUAAUGACUGCAGUAGCUGAAUAUAAAGCUAAAAGUAAGAUUUGUAAGUCUCUACCUAUAAUAGAAGAUAGUAUAUCAGAUGAAUCAAGUGAUGAUAAAGAAUUUGAUGCUAUCGACAAAGUUGUUACGGAGUACACUAAUAAGUCUUAUGAAACGAGAUUUCAAGAAACAAAAGAAAUGUUUCAACAGUUAGCUGACAAAUACGAAGAUCCUAAUUUUACGGAAAAUUAUGAUAUUUGUCCUCAUAAAAUGAAAAUAGAAGAAUAUCCAAUUUUGAAGGAUUCUUCAUCUUGUUUAAUUAAACAGACCGAAAAGCCGUCUGUACUUGAAGUAACGAUGGAAAGUUACUCUAUCAAUGAGGCUAUAAACAUACCAUUAAAGAGUAAUGCUAUAAAAUUUCAUCUCUCAGGUGAAAUCAAAAACGAAGACAUAGAGGACUAUAGGACAAAAAAUCAAAAUGUCAGAGUUGAUGCGAAUAUUUCAAACAACUUUGAAGCAAAGCUUAAAGAUACUGAAAAAUAUUUACAAGACAUCAGUACCAUUUUAAAUCAAAAUAAUACAAAUAUUAAUAAUGAAAAGUUUAGUAAUAUACAAAGGAACGAAUCAAAAGCUUUACCAAGCGAGGAUAGUGGUAAAUCUAAUCAAAAAGUGAAAUUUGAUGCAAAAAUGGAAGAAACUCUACACAGUGCCCUAGAAAACAUAUAUGAUAUUGGUAAGAAUGAGAAUGCCAACAAUAAUGAGCUUGAAUUCAAUGAAAUGAAAAGUCUUGCUCGAAAUAUUGUUGAAGGUGCGGAAAAUUUGAGUACAUUGAUUAGGGAAGACAUAACAAAUAAGCUGAAUAGUAUGAACGAGUUAUUAAACGACGUUAAUGAAGCUUUAGAAAAUUCCAGAAAAUCCAAUACCGUGUAUCAAAACCUUAAGGAAGAAGGCGAGGCACGGAAACGACCUGAAAUAAUCAAAAUUAAUAACAAUGACAAAUCCGAUAUCGACCGGCAAUAUGACGAAAUCGAUAAAAAUAAAGACCAAACUGUAUCUCAAUUGGAAAUAGAUGAUAUAAAUAGUACUAUAAAUGGACUAAACAAUGAAAUACAGUGUCAUGAAAGUAGACUUAACACAAGUAAAGCUAAUUAUGAAAUAAGAAAUAAAGAAUGUCAGGAUUUCAUUAAACAAGUCGAUGGAAUAUUACAAAAGUCUCAUAAUAUUUUGCAUCCUAAAUCUACAGAUCCAAAAGAUAAAUGUAAUUAUAAUACUUGCCUACCACAGCGAAUGGAGAUGACAAAUAAUAAACUUGAUGAGAUCAAUGACCAGGAAAAAGAAAGAAAUAUGAAAAUUGACAAUCUUUUAUACGAUAUUAAAGAUAAGAUGAAGGAUAACAAAGAGGUGCUGCGUCUAGCUAAUAAUUUAUUGAGGCGAGAGGAAAGAAAAAAACUAGUCGCUACGUCUAAAAUUGUAGAAAUAGCAGAAGACGACGAAAAAGCCAAAGGAGAUUAUGUGAGGGACGAUGAGUUAAAAAAAGAUAUUACGAGUAAUGUAUCUGAAGUGCCACUUCUUGAAGAAAUAAAAGAUUCAAAAGAAGAUGAACAGAAAAAGAAAGAGAAUGUAGAAAAAGAGAGACAAAAAGAAUUCCAAAUAAAAAUAGAAAAAGAAUUGGAAGAAAUGAAUCGAGGUCCAAGAAUGACCAAGGAGUUUAUUAAAAAUAAUUGCAAGCAACAUAAAUUAUAUGUUACUCCGUAUCUGAAUGAUAUUUUGUAUUUACAUUUUAAGGGAUUUUCAAAAAUUGAAAAUUUGGAAGAGUAUACAGGAUUGAAAUGCAUAUUUCUAGAAAAUAACGGGAUUGAAAGAAUUGAGGGUCUCGAUACGCUUUCAGAACUGAAGUGCUUGUAUUUGCAUUAUAACGUGAUCAGAAAAAUUGAAAAUUUAAAUGGUUGCCCCAAACUAGACACUCUGAAUCUCGAUCACAAUUUUGUGACUAAAAUUGAGAAUUUAGAUGUAGUUCCGGAUCUCCAUACCCUCAGCAUCAGCCAUAAUAUGCUAAAAACUGUUGAUGAUUUGGACAACUUGAGACAUUGUAAGAAUCUCUCAGUCUUGGAUUUAUCGUAUAAUCGAUUGGAAGAUCCACUCAUAGUAGAUGUUUUAUCUGAUAUGGCUGUUUUAAAAGUAUUAGUACUUACUGGUAACCCCGUAGUACGAAAUAUUCCCGCAUAUCGUAAAACUUUAACUCUACGUCUUAAAGAGUUGUUAAACUUGGAUAAUCGACCAAUAUUUCCUCGUGAUCGUGCUUGCGCUGUCGCAUGGCAGCGUGGAGGAGUUCAGGAAGAAAUUGAUGAGAGAAGACGAUGGAUAGCUAAAGACCAGGAAAAGGUGAUGGAAAGUGUUCGCUACUUGAUAAAGAUGCGAGAUGAAAAUAAAGCAAAACGAGAAGCGAGGGAGAGAGAGGAGAGAGAAAAAAUGGGGCUUCCUGCAAUCGAAGAUAAGGAAGAAGAAAAGGAAGCUCUUGAAGCUGAUCGUAAGCCAGAAGAGCUUAGUAAGGAGCGGAAAUUAAAGGGUGUAGCAGAGGACAUGCUGAGCGGGUCGGAAGCUGAAGACUCUACUAGUGAUAGUGAUUCUAGUGAUGAUGAUUCUAAGUUUCAAGAAGCCGAAACCGAAAAAAUUGAGUGGUCUCAAGUAGAUCGCGGUAAGCAUUUAAUCCAGGAGUUAAAAGAUGAACAAAUUACUGAUGAACAGUGGAGUGGUUUUGGAAUGGGUACAAAUGUCGGCGACAGUUACAGGUCUUCAGAAAUAGAUACCAUUAGUAAUUUGUUGUUCAAUCAAUCACCGCAUAUAGAAAAUAAAAGAGCAUCUCAAACGUUCAAAGAAAGUAGCGAAAUAUCUAAGGAUGAAAAAGAGGACAACCAAAGCAUAAAUACAGAAUCUUUUGAGAAAUAUGAUGCGAAAAAGAAACCACUGAUUGAAAUAAUUGAAGAAUAUACCAAGAAGUCCAAAGAAAAUAAGGUUAUCAUUGAGAAGGUUAAAGAAGUUAAGGGAAUUGAAGAAGACGGAGACUUAAUAAUAGACCGUGAUAGAAAACUUGCUUAUGACAAAUUUAAAGUACAAAAAGUCGCUAAUAAAAAUACUAAGAGAUUAAAAAAACCGCGAAAGCACAUAAUUAUUAAAGAAGUAAGCAAAGUAAUUAAUAAACUUGGAGAUAACGGUGACUCAAAUGAAAAUAAUAAUGAUAAAAAAUGUGGUGAGAAUUCGAAACAAGAAGGUAAUGAAAGCGAAAACCAUGAAUCUAUUAAGCCUUCGAAUUCAACAAAUAUAACUAGCGAAAGCGAAAGAAGACGAGAGAUUGCCAAAGGCGAUGGUGAAGGUGAUGGUGAUGGUAAAGGUGAACACGACGCUGAUAAAGAUCUGGACUUAGAGCCAAGUGCCAAAGAUCUGGAAAUAUUUGCAGAACUAGAGAAGGAACAGUUGGAGAGAGAAGCCAGGAUCGCUAGAGGAGAACCUGCUGUCGAUCCUAUGAAACUCUACGAUGCUAAGAUUAUGGAGGAAUUCCAUAAAACACAGGAACCUGCGCCAGCGCAUGCGCUUGUUGAAAAAAAUUACGUUACAAGUUAUAGCAAACAAAAUGGGUUUGAUAGAAUCGCGCUUAGCCAAUUAACUGCAGGAGAAACACCAGAUGAGAGCAAAGUGAAACUGACUCAUGUACCAGGAGCAGCUCUCUAUCAAAAUGUUAACAAAACAUCUCCAAUUUCCGAAGUUACUUAUGAAAUAGGUGAAGAAAAAAUUGAAUCUGCACCAUCGUCUUCAGAUACGGAGUCUAUACAUAUAUCAGAUGAUUCUGAUCCAAACAGUUCAGAAAGCGAUUUACUUGAAUCGCCCAAAUUUAAAUGUAAAGAAAAUAAACCCAGACCAAGUACUAGCAAGGGCAUGUUUAAAAAUGAAAAUCUUAAAAGAAGAGACGAAGACCAAAACGUCGAUAGAAACGGUAACCCUAAUGACUCUGGUUCAAGUAACUUAGAUCAUAAUGAAGCAAAACAGACUAUUAUUGACAUGAUAAAUUCUUACGAUGAUGAUAGAUUUCCGUCACAAGGUACAAAUUAUUCAAAUAUGGCUGAAAACGAUCGCAUUAACAAUUCUGUAGCGACGGAAAUACUUAAUAAAACAAUCAAAUAUGAAGAGGACGAGAUGUACAAGCAGCUGGACGCGGUCAACACUCACGCCAGCCGCGUCGAUAACAGAACUAACUCUAUUAUCGAACAAAUAUCAGAUGAAUUGGAGAAUGAGUACAGCAUUACAGAAGUAUCCCAUAUAUUGGAAACGCAAGUACACGAAGCUGAACAAAGAUGGCGAUCAGCUCAAUUCGUGAGAUCAGCUCAAGCUGUUUCGUCCCCCACUAAAUAUAUUGUUGAUGAACUUGAUGCUACUUUAAUUCCAAGCGAAGAUGCUUCAUUUGAAGAUACUCUUACAGAAGAUAUAGAAAAAAAUAAAACUUUUAGUAUUGAUAAGGAUGGUGGAAACGAAAAUAUAGAAGAAGCUAAUGAUUCUGGGAUUUGUAACGAAUCUAUUGAUAACGUUAAGGUUUUUAAAGAGAAAGAGAAUGAUGAAGAAAUUAAUGAAACAAUGGAAAAUGUUAAAGACGUUUCUGCGGAUGAUGAGGUUUUCGAAGAUUGUGUAGAUGAUGUUGAAAAGAUAGAUAACGUUGAAAAUUAUACAUUAGAAAUGAAAUUGGCACUCGGAAUUGGUGAU